AUGACUACUUUGACGAAGCUUCAAGUAUACCCACGAUGUUUGGAGCACCGUCUCGGAUUCAUGGAUCAUCAACGGGUCGGGUCGAGAUUGAAUUGUAGAGAACGUAACAGUAGGGUUUAUGUGCAUCGGUGUGAGAGUGAUUCAGGGGAGAAAAAGGUUGAAAAACGGAGAAAGCGUGAGAAAUUGAAGGGAAAAGAAGGAAAUGGGUUGUGGGAUUCUCUCAAAUCUGGGGUUUUCGGUGUUAGUAAGUUAGGGUUCUUAUCUAAAGAUGAGUAUAAUCAGAAAGUUCAAAAACUAGAGAUGGUUUUCUCUUCGGUUGCUGUUCAAAUAGCGAGAUACAUUGUGACGAUGACAAGCACUGGAGCUAUUCUCCAAAUUGGGUUUCAAUUGUCAGGUGGAGAUAGUUCGAUGAACUCAUUGGUUUGGUAUAGCUGGCUUGGUGGAAUCAUCAUUGGAACUAUGACUGGUGCUAACAUGGUUUUAGAAGAUCAUUACCGUGCCGGUCCUCGCAAUGUUGUUAUAACCGGAAGCACGAGGGGACUAGGGAAAGCUCUUGCUAGAGAGUUUCUUCUCUCUGGAGAUAGAGUCAUCGUUACAUCUCGCAGUUCUGAAUCCGUCGAUAUGACUGUCAAAGAGCUUCAGCAAAACCUCAAAGAGAUCAUGAGUAACGCUAGUGAGUCAGCUAGAAAGAAGUUGCGUGAUGCUAAAGUAUUUGGUAUUGCCUGUGAUGUUUGCAAACCAGAGGACGUUGAGAAGCUGUCUAAUUUCGCUGUGAAGGAGCUUGGUUCCAUCAACAUAUGGAUCAACAAUGCUGGUACUAACAAAGGGUUUAGACCGUUGCUUGACUUCACCGAAGAAGAUAUCAAACAAAUUGUCUCCACGAAUUUGAUUGGAUCCAUUCUAUGUACACGAGGGGCGAUGGAUGUGAUGAGUAGACAGAGCAAUGGUGGACACAUCUUUAACAUGGAUGGUGCUGGUUCUGGUGGUUCUAGCACUCCUCUCACAGCAGUGUAUGGUUCAACAAAAUGUGGACUUAGGCAGUUUCAUGGUUCUGUUGUGAAAGAAAGCCUAAAAACAAAGGUUGGCUUACACACUGCGUCCCCUGGCAUGGUUCUAACCGAGCUUCUUCUCAGUGGUUCGAGUAUAAAGAACAAGCAGAUGUUUAACAUAAUCUGUGAGCUUCCCGAGACGGUCGCAAGAACGCUAGUACCGAGAAUGCGAGUUGUGAAAGGUUCGGGAAAAUCCGUUAACUACCUAACUCCUCCGAGGAUAUUGCUAGCCAUUGUCACUUCCUGGCUUAGGAGAGGCCGUUGGUUCGAUGACCAAGGACGGGCGUUGUAUGCAGCGGAAGCGGACAGGCUAAGGAACUGGGCAGAGAACAGGACGAGGUUGUCGCUAACAGACGCGAUGGAGAUGUACACAGAGAACACUUGGGUCUCUGUUUUCUCUCUUUCUGUUGUUUGCGCCUUCAUUAUCUUGUCAAGCACCACACCUAGCUCUUUCCCAGGCACAUGA